AUGGUAAAAUACCUUCUGGACUUGUCGGCUAAUGUGAACAAAGGAAACAAAACGGGUAUCACAUCGCUUCAUAUAGCCGCGUCAAAAGGUUUUUCAGAGAUUGUUGGAAUCCUUUUAGAAUCUGCAGCAGAUGUCAAUGCACAGGAUGGUCCUCUUGUUAACAAGGAAGACGCUCAAGGGAAAACACCGCUUCAUCUAGCAGUAGAAGGUGGAUUCUCACCAGUUAUUGAAGCUCUAGUGGAAUUCGGAGCAAACAUUAACAUUCAAACCAAUGAUGGCAAGACCUGCCUGCAUUUAGCAGUAACUGUCUGGGGAAGCUCUGACAAAACUGUCCAGGAUACAACUGGUUUUGAACAGGUUUCAAUAGUGCACCCUGAGUACCAAACACUUACAACGAAUGAGAAGCUUAUCGUCUACCUUCUAGAUCGGGGAGCCAACUAUGAGAUAUUUGAUUCAAGUGGUUACACACCGAUACACUACGCCUGCAACAAGAUCUGGCAGCUUCUUGUUUUAAGGAUACCCGAAGAAGAGAGAUCUGAUGCACUAGCCGCUCUAGAUCAUAAAGGCGAGGACAUUAGACGCUCUGGCAGGAAAGUCAUAGGACCAGAAGGGGGACAAAUUGAUCUCAACAUAUACAACACCCAUAUGAUGAUACCACCUGGUGCACUUGAUGAUGAUCAAGAGAUAAGCAUUAAAUUAAUUGAAGGCCCAUCUGGACCAUGGCUAAGAGAAGGAGAAAUGUUGGCGAGCUUCGGCGUGGAGCUCAAGCCAGGUGGUCUUAAAUUCAAGAAACCCGUUCAAAUCAAGUUGCCCCACUGUGCCAGGAUAACCGAUGCAUCACCAAUGCAAAUGGUUCUCUAUCAUUGCCAUGCAAGACCGUCGAAAUCUAGAGAUUCAGAAUCCGGCAAGAGACGCGUACAACUUAAACUCGUCAAUCUGUCAAAGAAGAUGCCUCAUGCCAAUUACAGCAGUCUGUGCCUUCGAUUGGGAUACGAUUUGGACAAUUCUGCAAACAUACUAGCAACUCACAGUAAUGAUUAUCAGAAGGCGUUCGAGGAAAUUUUAAGGAAAUGGUAUAGCAAAAAGAACUCCGGUCAUCUAGAAAGUAUCAACAAAAUUCUGACAGAUGAUGGACUUGAAGGGAAAAUUUCAGAACUAUUUCCUGAUGACGUUACCGUAACGCAGCAACCCAAUGCCGAAGAGUAA